AUGGAAUCAUCACACUGCAAAGAUUGCAAUGUUAGCACAGUGAUAGUAUUAGACCAUGCAACUGGAGACACCAUAUGCUCAGAGUGCGGCCUUGUACUAGAUAGCCAUUACGUCGAUGAGAAACCUGAUUGGCGCACUUCUACCCCCUUUGCAUCGAAUGUUGAUAGUUAUGACCCUAUAUCUGUUGCAGAGUCUGCUAUCAAUCUUAAACCGAAACAUAAUUCUACCACUGCUGUGAGACUAGAGCAAAGAACAUUUGAUCACCACCAGUCUCUUCACGGCAAUAUACUGAAGAGUGUUGAUUUUUCUUCUCAUCAACCUGACACUGCGUUUCACUACAUAGCUGAUAUGGCUGAUAGGUUGGGCAUUGUUGAUAGCAUAAAGCUUGAAGCAAAAAACCUGUACAUGAAAGCAAACGAUCUCAAGCUGUUUAAUAUAAGGAAGAAACAUUCAGUCUGUGCUGCUUGCCUGUACAUAGCAUGCAGGCAAGCUAAUAAGGCUCGAACUAUAAAAGAGAUUUGCACCGUCACAAAUGGAGUUACAAGGAAAGAGGUUUCUCGAGCCAAAGAUUUACUAGUACAACAUAUUGAAGAGAAAAAGGGUGAAUUCAUGGAGAUCAAUAGUGUUCGUCCAAGAGACCUUGUGCGUCGUUUUUGUUCAACACUUGGCAUGUCAAAUCAAGCAAUUCAAGCUGCGGAAGAAGCAGCAAAUCGAGUGGAGAGACUGGAUAUAAGGAGGAAUGCUAUAUCAAUAGCUGGAACUAUAAUAUAUUUAAUAUCAGAGUCUUCUAUGGAACCACGCGACAAAGUUUCAAUUAAAGAUAUAUGCUUAGUAGCAGGAUUAACAGAAGUUACCAUUAGAUAUUGUCAUAGAGAACUUUGUGGUUAUGCUUCAUGGCUCUUGGAAACCUACUUAACUGCGAAGAAAUAA